UUUGUGUUUCAAACGAAGAGUGCCACUCUAGUGAUUCAAUUUCUAAAAAGAGGAUUGUCUCUUUAAAAAAGACUCCGCUCCCUCGUGUUCUCAAACACGUCCGCGCCCCCGUCUUGCAAGCGAAACAACAGCAAACCUGCUGGUUGCCCAUCCUGAGUACAAUGAAAAUGCAGUCAUACUUUACUGAAAAAGACGCAGUCUAUACAAGAAAGGACUAGCCAGCUACCGGUCCAGACCGUUAAACCUCCCGUUACAUCAGUCGCAGGCCUGUGUGAAAUAUAAUCGCUGGCGGAGCGCCGGUGUGACCUGCAGAGAGAGGGAGAAGUACACGCACACGCACACAUACCCAUACACACUAGUAAGCGUGGUGGGUGUGUCUGAAAUGGCGGGCGGAAGGAGAGGCGCCAACCGGACCUCUUACUGCCGGUCUCCUUUGAGCAGCGAGCCGGGCUCAGUCGGCAACGGCAACCACUCCACCAGCUCCCCAGUGACAGGGGUGCGGUCUCGGACCAGGAGUGGAUCCGGCACCGGUAUCUCCAGCCCCCCGCUGGCGGCCCAGACGGUGGUCCCGCUGAAGCACUGCAAGAUCCCGGACCUGUCCAUGGAUCGGAACGUGCUGUUUGAGCUACACCUCUUUUUCUGCCAGCUCAUCGCACUCUUCGUCCACUACGUCAACAUCUACAAGACCGUGUGGUGGUAUCCCCCCUCCCAUCCCCCAUCACACACUUCGCUGAACUUUCACCUCAUCGACUACAACAUGUUGGUGUUCACCAUCAUUGUGUUGGCUCGCAGGUUGAUUGCAGCAAUAGUAAAGGAGGCCUCUCAGAGCGGGAAGCUGUCCUUCCCUCACUCCAUCUUCCUGGUGACAGCACGUUUUGCAGUGCUCACGCUGACAGGCUGGAGCCUCUGCCGCUCCCUCAUUCACCUCUUCAGGACCUACUCCGUCCUCAAUCUGCUCUUCCUCUGCUACCCGUUUGGUAUGUACAUCCCCUUCUUCCGACUAAACUGCGACUUCCGCCGGGCGGGGCCACUGUCACCCAUCGCCAGCAUUGGGUCGAAGGAGGUUGGGGGCGUGGGCGGAGGGCGGGACUACCUGACAGUGCUGAAAGAGACGUGGAAGCAGCACACCAGCCAGCUAUAUGGGGUGCAGGCCAUGCCCACCCAUGCCUGCUGCCUCUCUCCAGACCUUAUCCGCAAGGAGGUGGAGUACCUCAAGAUGGACUUCAACUGGAGGAUGAAGGAGGUGCUGGUCAGCUCCAUGCUUAGUGCCUACUACGUGGCCUUCGUGCCUGUCUGGUUUGUCAAGAGCACACAGUACGUGGACCGACGCUGGUCCUGUGAGCUCUUCAUCCUGGUGUCUGUCAGCACCUCCGUCACACUCAUGAGGCACCUGCUGCCUCCCCGCUACUGUGACCUGCUCCACAAGGCUGCCGCCCAUCUGGGCUGCUGGCAGAAAGUCGACCCCUCCCUCUGUUCCAACGUACUACAACACAUAUGGACAGAGGAGUUCAUGUGGCCACAGGGGGUCCUGGUCAAACACAACAAGAACGUGUAUAAGGCCAUGGGCCACUACAACGUGGCAGUCCCGUCAGACGUGUCCCACUAUCGCUUCUAUUUUUUUUUCAACAAGCCAUUACGAAUAUUGAACAUUCUCAUCAUUCUUGAAGGAGCGAUGAUAUUCUACCAGCUCUACUCACUGAUAUGUUCAGAAAAGUGGCAUCAGACCAUAUCGCUGGCGUUAAUUCUCUUCAGCAACUAUUACGCCUUUUUCAAACUACUCCGAGACCGAAUAGUGCUGGGAAAGGCCUAUUCAUACAUAAACAGCUCCUCAGAGCAGAAGAUAAGUUAAGCUAUCCUCAUUCACCGUGGGACAACUCAAAGUACGCAUGAGAGCUUUGUAUUUUUUCUACAAUUGCAUUUUUUUGGUGUCACUCUUGUUUUUGUUCUGAU